UCCCUCGCUAUACCCCGCCCUCCCUGCAACUUGUCUCCGGGCUCUCCCUUCUCAGUAGAGCAGGAUUCGGCUGAUUCUCCUCGGAUCCCUCACUCUCCCCGUUGUUAUAGGGGGGCAUCAUGAAGAUGCUUCAAGGGCGCCUCCCGCUCACCGUCCUGCACCUCUUUCUUCUUCUUGGUGGUGGCAUGACCCAGCAGAGGCCUCAGGGUCCCAUUAAAGAUAUCAAUGGACUUCCUGCACAGGGACCCACUGUAUCUGUAAGACCUGGUCCAGACCCUUCUGACAAAGUCACUUUCCAAGACUGUCCUGUGGAUAUCUUUUUUGUGCUGGAUACAUCUGAGAGUGUUGCCCUGAGAGUAAAGCCUUUCAAGACCUUAGUGACACAAGUGAAGGAAUUUACCAAGAAAUUCAUUGAUAAACUGACCUCCAGGUAUUAUCGGUGCGACCGUAACCUGGUGUGGAAUGCAGGUGCUCUACACUACAGUGACGAGGUGAUCCUGAUCAACAGCCUGACCCGGGAUAUGAAGACUUUGAGGGAUAACGUGGAGACAGUUGAAUACAUCGGAAAAGGAACUCACACUGACUGUGCCAUUAAAAGGGGCAUUGAAGAAGUCCUGAUUGGAGGGUCACACCAAAAAGAGAACAAGUACCUUAUUGUUGUGACUGACGGACAUCCUCUGGAGGGUUACAAAGAGCCAUGUGGUGGUCUAGAAGAUGCAGCUAAUGAAGCUAAACACUUGGGCAUCAAAGUCUUCUCUGUUGCCAUUUCACCAAACCAUCUGGAACCAAGACUCAGUGUAAUUGCAUCUGAUGCAAGCCACAGGAGGAACUUCACAGCUACCAGUGCAGUUGGCCUGACUGAUGAUGAAAUAGACAAUACAAUUGACACCAUCAUUGAUAUGAUUAAAGAAAAUGCUGAGCAGGGGUGCUGUACCUAUGAAUGCAAGCCCUCCCGUGGUCUUUCAGGACCAUCAGGACCACCGGGUUAUGAGGGAGAAAUCGGAAAACCAGGUCUUCCAGGAGAUCGGGGGUUACCAGGCGAUCCAGGUCGGCAGGGUGAUAUUGGACCUGUGGGUUACCAAGGAAUGAAAGGUGACCAAGGUAUCCGAGGAGAGAAGGGUGGAAGAGGAGCCAAGGGAUCCAAAGGAGACAAAGGAAAGAGAGGAAUAGAUGGAGUUGAUGGACAGAAGGGAGAGGAUGGAUACAAUGGGCUUCCAGGGUGCAAAGGAUCUCCUGGGUUUGAUGGAGCCCCUGGAAGUUCAGGACCUAAAGGAGAUCCAGGACCAUAUGGCACAAAGGGAGAAAAGGGUGUUCCUGGAACUCCUGGCACUGGUGGAAGACCCGGAAACACUGGAAACACAGGAGACAAGGGAGAUCCAGGUUCUAAUGGUUUGGCAGGAGAGAAGGGAGAGUCUGGGGAUGAGGGUGAUGCUGGAGCUGAUGGGUCUCCCGGAAAACGGGGUGAGGCUGGAGAACUAGGUCCUCCUGGAGUGUCUGGGGGCAGGGGGGCUAGAGGAGAAAAGGGUGAGCCUGGUCCACCAGGAGACCAAGGACGAGAUGGGCCAGCAGGUCCCUUUGGUGAUCCAGGAGAAGCUGGGCCUCAGGGGCCCAAAGGAUACAGAGGUGAUGAAGGACCACGAGGUCCAGAGGGGCCUAAAGGACCAAGAGGAGCCAAGGGUUUACCCGGAGAACAAGGCAUUGCAGGGGAGAGGGGAGAUGAUGGCCGCCCAGGAAAUGGUACUGAUGGCUUCCCAGGAUUCCAGGGAUAUCCUGGUAGCCGAGGAGACCCUGGUUCAAACGGAACAAAAGGUUAUCCUGGACCUAAGGGAGAUGAAGGAGAACAAGGGGAACCUGGUGAUGAUAAUGUAAGUCCAGGACCUCCUGGUCCCAAAGGAGCAAAGGGAUACAGAGGACCAGAAGGGCCACCGGGACCUCCAGGACCCGGAGGACCUCCAGGCCCAGAUGAGUGUGAGAUUCUGGAUAUCAUAAAGAGGAUGUGCUCUUGCUGUGAAUGUACUUGUGGUCCUUUAGACCUCCUCUUCGUGCUUGACAGCUCUGAGAGUAUUGGCCUUUCCAACUUCCAGAUCUCCAAAGAUUUUAUUUUAAAGGUCAUUGAUCGUCUCAGCCGUGAUGAACAUGUCAAGUUCGAUGCUGACAAUUCACAUGUUGGAGUGGUGCAGUACAGCCAUGGACAGACUCAAGAAGUGGUAGCCAUGGGAGACUCCAGCAUCCAAUCCAUUGGGCAACUGAAGGAGGCUGUGAAGAACCUAAAGUGGAUUGCAGGUGGAACCUGGACUGGCGAAGCUCUUGCUUUCACUAAAGAUAAUCUCUUGAAAAGGUUUACAUUAGAGAAGAAAAUAGCACUUGUGCUUACAGACGGACAUUCUGAUAUUCUGAGGGACAAAACUCCUCUAAAUACACUGUGUGAAGUUACUCCGGUUGUGUCAGUGGGAGUAGGGGACAUUUUCCAAAAUGCUCCUAACUCGGACCAGUUGGUGCAGAUUUCUUGUGGUGGAAAACCUUAUUCAAAGGGGUUGUCUUUACAGCGAACCAGCUUUGCAGAGCUUCUGGAUGAUGGCUUUUUGCACAAUGUUACUUCUCAUAUGUGCAGUGAUAGGAAGUGUCCCGAUUACACCUGCCCCAUCACAUAUGAAGGUCCAGCAGACAUCACAAUGCUUGUAGACAGCUCUACUAGAGUUGGGAAUCAGCACUUCCAGACCAGCAAAAGCUUUGUGAAGCUCUUAGCAGAACGUUUUCUAAAGGCCAAACCCCCUCCAUCAGGCUCCGCACGUGUGUCAGUGGUGCAAUACAGUGGCCAAAAUCAGCAGAUCGUGGAAGCACAAUUUUUGACCAAUUACACAGUGCUAGAAGUUCCAGUGGAUAAUAUGCAGUUCAUAAAUGGUGCUACAAAUGUGGUAUCUGCACUGCGUGCUGUGACAGAGCUCUACCGUGAAGAUAGUUUGGCAGGGGUAAGCAAGAAACUGCUGGUUUUCUCCGAUGGGAAUACACAAGAGGAGAAGGGCUUGCUGAAAGUUGUGCAAGAUGCUCGGUCAGCAGGCAUUGAGAUCUAUGUGUUGGCGGUGGGGAGCCGUCUUAAUUAUCCCAAUCUUCAGGUGAUGCUAACAGGCUCUGCUGCAGAUAUCGCUGGCCCAUUUCCAGAGGAAAGAUUGUUCCGGGUUCCUGAUUAUACUUCUCUCCUUCAAGGUGUCCGUUAUCAGUCCAUCAGUCGACGAAUAGCCCUGAAAUCUUCUCAGUAAAAUCAACAUGGAGCAGCUCAGUUCCUACUGAUCACACACUUAGCCUGAGCACGAACCUCCAGAACGCCACAGGUUUUUAUAAAGUGUAAGCCAUGGGAAGCCUCCUUCACUUCAAUGAAAUCCCGCCCUAUGGGCCUCUUGUACCUUUUACUGGACUAAAAAUGCACAUUUUGUUGGACCAAAUAAAAGAGUGAGAUGUCAUCUUUAAAGAAAGCACAUGUUAAUCUCUUCUGUUUGAAUAAUAUUCCAACCAUUUUCAUGAUGUUUAACAGUAGAAAAAUGUCAGGAUCCAGAUCCUGCAUUUGUUAACAUGUCAUGCUUUGUUUUUUUCUUUAAAUCAAAGAUUUUUUUCCUAUUACUGCCUAGACGAUAAGCAAAAUGCUGUAAAGUUUGUUUAAGGAAAACUAGACAUACAUGACUUUACCUCCUAAUGCACUGUACCUGGGCUUAACCAAGUCCAUGUUGAUUUCUUAUCUUUAGAGAAGCUAAGUCCAUGAGGACUGUAGACAGACCCAGAAAUCUUUCAGAAUAUUUUAGAUGUUCCAGAUUUUCUCAACAAAAUUUUAAAUAAUACAGGUCAUUAUUGCUCCAUUAAAAGGUAUCAGAGGUAGGGAGGCUGACAGUCUUGCAGAACUUAAUAACAUUUUAAACUUUGGUUUAUAUAGACAUAUUCAUGAAGAUCUUAGUCACUAGGUACAUAUUCUAUAUUCUCCUUGAUCAGAACCAUUUAGAAGUCUUAUUUUUAUAGGUUUUUUCCUCUCUACCUGUUCAUACCAAUGUCCACAGAAGCUCUAAUGCUCCAGUGCCUUAUGUCCGAAUAAACAUUUUAUUAUGCUCUAUAAACAGAACUUGUAGUGUGAAAAGGAAUGAUUAGGAGAAAUGGAAGUUGGAAAAUGGUGAUGUUGAAAAAGAGAUGAAGGUCAUAAGGUAGCACGUAUAAAAAAUGUAGCGAAGGUUUCCUCUUGCCAUCCUAAAUGGCAAUUCUAAAUCUCGUGAACAUCUGCAAACCAAAGCCAAAGACGGAACUUUAUUAAGCUUUCUUUGUGUGCAUGCUAAACUUCCAAACUACUCUCAGAUGUUGCCCCAUUUGUCAUAUUAUAGGAUGUACAAAGUCACAGUAAAAAUGGCAGUGAGUGAAACAUUCAUAUUGGCAGAUUCGAAACAUUCAUAUUUUUCCUGUUGAAUGAGUUACAAAAUAUCAUGUUACAAAAUACCAAAAUGUCAGCACAAAUAGAAGUUCUACUCAUUGAUCACAAAUACAUAUAUGUUUUUGUAUCUUUGGUUUGACUGCAAAGAACUUUCUUGACUUCACAACCCUUCCCAGGAAAAUCUGUUAUGGUAAAUGCUUACAAGCGACUGUGGUCAACUUGAUCUUCUGCUAGGAGUCUAUAUCUUAGAGCUGUUCCCAUAUGAAGAGGACCACAUUGCAUGAAGAGGACCACAGUAUAAGUGCAUUGCUCAGAGGAGGAGGACAACCUUAAGUGCUAGAGUACCUUCUGUGCUAGAGUACCUUCUACAUUCCUAUUUCUCUUCUAAAAAGCUGUCUUGCUUGCCAAUAAAAUACUGUAACUAAUGAGCUGUAACAAUAGUAUAUAUCUGGUUACAAAGAUAAAUCCAUGAUGUUUUGUUUUAUAAUUUACUCAUGCACAUUCAGCUUUUCAUAAAGCAAUCAGUGGAUUUAUAGAACUUGCAGGGACCAUUAGACAUUUCUUCUAAUAAUUAAUAUGAAAACUCAGAUUUAAUCUCUUUUGAUCAGUACAGAUUACCGUUUGCAGGUUUGUACAUGACACACAAGCUAGGGGGGUGCAAGGAAGAGUUGUACUUUUAUUAUCGGUGCUAUAUUCGUACAAAGAAGUCUUAUGUGAAUGUUGUCCUUUAACCCAUUUUUCCUGUAGGUACAGGUGAUAGCUGUAGUGCCAGACACUAUGUGGGUGAUGGAACAACUCCUGUGGCUGGAGGCCCACAGAUCUUCCUUUUGAUACAACCUGUAGUCAUGUUGGUCUCUGAAUAAAAGGGUUUUCCAACAA